CUGAUUUCUAUCUUCAUUUUUCAGACGUGCACAUUAUUUAUUGAAGCAAAUCUACAAACAAAAAUAUGCUACGAGGAAACAUUUUGACAGUCGGUGUGGCCGUCCUCGUCACAGUCGUCGGAGGUCAACAUGGACACUACGAAUACGACCAAGGUUACGUUGAGACGCCAUAUUCGCAACCCAGUGGAUAUUCGAGGCCGGAGCCGCAGCAAUAUUACACCAGACCAACGUACACCAGACAGCCCCGACCUCACCAUCAAAGCUACGAGUCCUCGUAUCCGUCAAGCAGUGGUUCAGCUUAUCCACGACCUUACCAGCGUCCACGUCCUAGCUACCCUCAGCAGCAGCAGCAACAGUAUCCAUCAUCUCACGGCGAACAGCCGCAUUACGCAGCAAUGUGCGAUUUUGGAACUGGCGCCGGAUCCGGCAAAGUUCAGGGUAGACUGACCCUGACGCAGGGGUCUUCCUACGAACCCGUCAUCAUCUCGGGGAAAUGGAUUUGUUCUGGUGGCGAAACGAAUUUCUUAUCGAACCCUUCGAUUGAUUCCGCAGGAACGAUUUCCCCUUUGAAGCCUGGCCAACACGGGUUCCACAUCCACAUGUACGGAGACUUUUCGGAUGGUUGCACAAGCGCUGGUGGACAUUACAACCCACUGAAGGCUGAUCACGGAUCCCCAGACAACAACAAGAAGGACCGUCACAUCGGCGACUUGGGCAACAUUGAAGCCGGCUACGACAGCACUGCCAACAUCCACGUCGUUGACAAGUUGGUUUCACUCGCCGACGGCGGCAAGUAUCCCAUCGGCGGCAGAGCCAUCGUCGUUCACGAAAAACCCGACGAUCUGGGACGAGGUGGCGACGCGGAGAGCAAAAAGACGGGCAACGCCGGAGCUCGACUCGGUUGCUGCAUCAUCACUUACAUCGAUCCGAAAAAACUUCACUGAAAUCUCGUGCCUUCAUUUAACGAUCCCUAAAAACGAUGGAGUUGAGGGACGAAUAAUGCAUGACUAAUUUAUGAAAAUUAAAAUGAUUCCUUCAAAAAAUGAAAUAAACGCCAGAUAAUUUGCCGGAGCAAGUUCCUCGCCGGAAGUCGUCAGAAUGGCUCCAUCUGACUGUGCGAUUAAAAUCUGAUUAAGAGAAGUUUCAUCACGAUGAAUGAAUUACGUAUAACAUCACCAUAGAUGUCAUUCGUGCGACGAAAUAUAAGGGAUGGUUCAAAAGUUUUGUAAGUGACGUACUGGGAAUGAAAUUCUUCGGGUAUCAGAGUUUCUGAAUAAAAAUUCUUCAAAUCGCUUCGGGGCCAAACGGGA